GGCUCAUUCUGAUGCGACACCCACGUUCAUCACAUGACUUCCUGCAAACUCUCAUACAUUUCGCCUUCCUUAAACACACUGAAAACUGCGAACAAGAAGACAGUCGCUCCACACUUGAAGUCUGUAUGUUUGUCCUGUGUUCAUACGAGUCUGUAUAUGUGUUUGUAAGGCCUCGGCACUGACCGAUGAUGAUGGAGACAGAAGAAAGGAUAUCAAACUUCCAGAGACUCCUAUCAGAUGACAGCUGCAGCUCGGAUCUGUCCAGCGACUCAUGCGAAUAUUAUCAGACUGAGAUAUUCGGCCUGUUGCCGAGCUCACAGGCUCAUCGACGGAUUCACGCAGACGCCGUCACACAUGAUUUGGAUGAGAGUUUUCACCUGGACAGAGUCUCCUGGAACCCCAGCGUGCCGCUCAGAGCUCUGCCUGUCUGUCUGCAGGACAAGAAAGACAUCAGAGAGCGGCAGAACCUGCAGAGACACAGCAUUGGCAACUGGGAAUCGUGGAGGCGGAGCCAGCAAACCACAUGGCGGCGCAUAAAGGAGCAUGUGGGCGGGGCCCUCUCAAGACUGUUGCCAUGGAGUCACACGCUCCAUAAGAUUGAAGGUCAGUUUGGUGUCGGGGUGAAGGCGUACUUUGUGUUCCUGCGGUACCUGCUGUGUUUAAACCUGCUGUACUGCGUCAUCAUCGCCGGAACUGUGCUGACGCCGACGCUGGUGUUCAGGGAGAACUUGAGUAUGAACAGCUAUCAGAGUUUACCCCUUGGAUAUAAAGACAUUUUUGUUGGAUCGGGUGUUCUUGAAAACUCUUCAGUGUUUUAUAGUUUCUACACUCGUGGGUCUCUUGAUUUCGACUGUUUAAACACUCCGAUCCUCUUUCUACUUGGCAUGAUCUCUGUCCUAUUCCUCAGCAUCAUCAUGGUGGUCCGCAGGACGGUGGUGGGCUACAAACACUCAUGGCUCACUGGAAGUCGCUUCAGUUCCAACCUGAGUUACAAGGUUUUCUGUGGGUGGGAUUUCUGCAUCCAGGACCGUCAAGCAGCAUCACUGAAACAAAACUUCAUCAGAAAUGAACUGAAGAUGGAUCUAGAAGAGCAGACGUUUCACGAGCGAGUCCAGAGGAGAUCGCUCAGACACUGGGUUCAGCUCAUCCUCUUUCGGGUCUUUCUGAACUUCCUUGUGCUGAUUCUUCUGGGAAGCUCAUUCACUCUGAUCCAUUACUCCAUUCUUCUGUCACAAAAUGAGAAUAAGGAUCAUCACUGGACUUCUCUGAUGUUUGAGUAUCUUCCUCCGAUCACAAUGACAGCGAUAAACUACGUGUUGCCGCACAUCUUCAGUAAGGUCUCAGAGUUUGAAGAUUACUCACUCACCAUCCAGCUCAACCUCACCCUAAUCAGGAGUAUUUUCCUGAAGUUGGCAUCUUUGGGCAUCUAUCUGUUCUUCCUCAUUAAAUCUUCAGCUGUACAGAAUUGCAGUAAAUGUGAAGGGAACGAGUUUGGGAAGGAGAUGUAUAAACUCACCGUCUUCAACUUCCUGGAGUGUUUCUUCACUGCGUUUUGUGUGACUUACCCAAGAACCUUAUUAGCGAAGAAGUUUCCAUCCUCAUCAUUACUAGGCAAGAAGCAGUUUGAGAUUUCCUUCAACGUGCUGGACCUGGUCAACAGUCAGACGGUCACAUGGGUCGGCGUGUUUUACUGCCCUCUACUGCCGGCCAUCAGCACCGUCAAGCUGCUUUUUCUCUUCUACAUCAAGAAGUUCACAGUGGUCCGCUGUUGUGUUCCGGCUCAGAGAAUGUUCCGGACCGCCAGUUCAUCUGUUCUCUUCCAUUUCAUGCUGUUGUUGGGUCUCUCCAUGUCUGUGGUCACAUUAGCUGUCAAUAUCAACAGGUUCGAUAAGUGUUGCGGCCCGUUUAAAGACAGAUCCGUGGUUAAUGUGACCAGUGGGUGUAUAGAGAAGCUGCCCGAGCCGGUCAGGAACACCAUCAGCUACAUCUCGUCAGAGGCCUUCGCCUUCACUCUGAUACUGGCUGAGGUUGUCGUUCUGACGUCGUACGUGUCUCGUGGACGAGCGAAUCGUAAAGCCAUCGAGAGACUGAAGGACAUGUUGGUGAUGUGCAGCUCUGAUAAACGCUUCCUGGUGAAGCAGCACUCGACGAUCACGAGACGACAGCUCCGACGCUAACAUGACAUCAGUAUGAUAAAACAAACACAAACUUAACCCUUAUAGGGUCUUUUUAGACCCCAAACGACGUUUGCUAAAAUGAAAAAAAUGUUCUCUUUGUCCAAAUGGCACUGUGAAACUGUACAGUUGUUAACACUUUCUAGAUCUACAAAUAAAAAAAAAUUGGAGCGAUAUCUUGUUUUUAUGUUAGUGUAGGAAAAAAAGUCACACUCAAGGUCUUUGGGGUCUCCACAGACUCCAGGCAACAAAAUGUAAUUUUGUAACAAAAUAAUUG